AUGCCUCGUUCAAGAAGACAAUCGUUUGUAUCACGUAUUAUUCAUUUAGACAUGCAUUCAAUUCAUCCAUCAAACGAUGAUGAUAAUAAUAAUACUACUAAUAAUGGAUUAACAAAUCAAAAUGUUUUAUCAAUUGAACCAUCAAUUACAAUAAGAAAUAAUCCAUUAACAGCAACGAUUUCAGCACCUGAAAUUACAUCAAAUUCAUCAUCAUCACUACAACCAAUGUCAGUAGCCAAUAAUGCAGAUAACAAAAGUCCUCGUAAUGUCACAACAAGUCAGCUAAUAGCAAAUAUAACAACAAUAAAUCCAAAUAUACAACCCCCUAGAAAUUCUCAUUCAAUAUUUGCAAAAUUAACUGAUGCAAGAAAAUCUUUAUUUGGAAAAACAAAUGUACCUGAUCCUUUUUUUUCAUCAGCAGAAGAAAAUAAAGCAUUAUUAAGUUAUAUUUUAUCUGAACCACAUCCAGAAUUAGCUAUGAUACAAGAAUUUGAACGUAAUGGAGCACAAUUAAAUGCUAUUACAGACGAAGGAAAUACAGCUUUACAUUUACUUGCACGAGCUGAAAUACAGACAACAGAAUGUAUUAAUAUUGUGGAUUAUUUAAUAAGAAAAGGUUGUGAUCCAAAUAGACAGAAUGAUUAUGGAUGGACAGCAGCUCAUUAUGCAUUAGCAAGUCGAAAUAAUGAUUUAAUUAUAUAUUUACUUAAAGUAACGGUUGAUGUUAAUUUAUCAACAUUUGAUGCACAUAAUGGAUAUCCAAGUCAAACUCAACUUCUUCAUAUUGCAGCACGAAAAAAUGAUAGUGUUUUAAUACGUCUUUUAAUAAAAACUUAUCGAGCACGCGUAAAUAUUUUUGAUGAAGAUGGUUGUACACCAUUACAUAUAUGUUGUUAUGAAAAUAAUAUUGAUGCAUUAAAAGCUUUACUUGAAAAUGAUGCUGAUUUUCAAAAAGGUACACGUUUAAAUCCUCAAGAAACACCAAUAACUAUAUGUGUUAAAUAUCAACAUGAUUUAUGUUUAAAAAUUCUAUUUGAAUUAACAAUUAAUUUUAAUUGGAAACGUUAUUUGUCACAAUUACCACGUUCACCAUUAUUAUGUGAUUUUCCAAGUAUAUAUGCUAUUGAAUUACUUGUUCAACAUUCACUUGAUAUAGAUGCAUGUGAUGAACGUGGUAAUACAUUUUUACAUUAUUUAGUUAAUAAAAAAGAUGUUGAUUAUGAUAAAUAUAUUGAAAAAUUAAUUGAAUUAUCAGUUGAUUUUAAUCGACAAAAUCAUCUUGGACGUACACCAUUUCUUGAAGCACUUGAACAAAAAAAUUUUCAAUUAAUUACUGCAUUUUUUCGUCAUAUUGAAUUAACAAAUAUAAAUAUUGUUGAUUCAUUAUCAAAUACAGCAUUACAUUAUUGCAAAUAUUUAGACGAUAAUUUUGUUUAUGAUACAGUUUUAAAAUCAAGUCCAUUAUCAUUAAAUACACAAAAUCGUGAUGGACAAACACCAUUACAUGAUGCAAUUUUAUAUGAUAAUUAUCCAUUUGCACAAUAUCUUCUUCAAAAUGGUGCUGAUGUUAGUUUAACAAAUAAAGAUGGAAAUACACCAUUACAUUUAGCUGCAAGAGAUGAUAAUAUUAAAAUGUGUAGAUUAUUAAUGAAAUAUCCACAACUUGAUUUAAUUGCAGUCAAUAAAAUGGGCAAAACACCAUUACAUUUAGCUUGUGCAAAUGAAAAACCUAAUGUUGCUGCUAUAUUAAUUAAUAAAAUGAAAACUGAUCAAAUGAAUUUAUUAGAUAUAGAAGGACGUACACCAUUACAUGAAUGUGCUGAUAAUAUAAAUGGUUCAUUAGCAAAAUAUUUAAUUCGACAUGGAGCAGAUGGAAAUGCAAAAGAUAUAGGAGAAAAUACUCCUUUACAUUCAGCAACAGAAAAAGGUAAUAUUGAAUUAGUACGUACAUUAAUAAAAUCAUCAAAUGUUGAUAUAAAUCUAUCAAAUGCUGAUAAUCAAUCACCACUUGCUUUAGCAAUAUUAUAUAAUCAUGAUGAUGUUAGUAAAUUUUUACUUAAUCAAGAUAAUGUUCAUGUACAAUUAACUGAUUUAAAAAUGGCUAUACAAAUGAAUAAUUAUGAAAUGAUUAAAUUAUUAAUUGAAAAAGAUCGUAAUUGUUUACGUAUACGUUCAACAACACAUGGUGAUAUGAUUAUACAUAUAUUUAUGAGAAAAGAUUUCAAUAAUUUAGUUUGUCUUGAAACAUUACUUUCAUUUAUAUCUGACAGUGACUUAUUAACAUAUUUAUCCGAACGUAGUUUAACUUUUGGUGAUAAUUUACUUCAUAUUGCAGCUCGUGAAGAUACACCAAAUGCUCUAACAUGUUUUCUUAAUUUAUCUCGUGUUAAAUUUUGGUUUUGGGCUAAUAUGAUGUUAACAAAAAAUAGUGAAAAUAAAACACCAAUGGAGUUAGCAAAUAAAUUUCGACAUUAUGCUGUUAUUAAAUUAAUUAAUUUUAAAUGGAAAGAAUCUUAUGAAUAUUUAUCACAUUCAUUACGUGAUGGUCAUUGUGGUGUAUCACUAACUGGUGUUACACAAGCUAAACGACAAUGUUUUAAUUGUGAUCAAACAGGUUUAAUUGAAUCAACAUCUGGACAAAAUAUACGACCAUGUGCUAAAUGCAAUGUUUGUUUAUAUAAAUCACUUGAUAACAGUAUGCAAAUAUUUUUAGCAUUAUUAUUCAGUGAUGAAUCAAGUACUAUUGCACUUGAUAUAAUGGAUUCAUUAAUUGUUGUUAAUGAAGUACAAAAAGCUAUUCAUCUUUAUCUUGAUCAUAUUGAACCAUGGGAAGAAUAUGAUAAAAUUGAUUUAAGUGAAUCAUCAAAUCUUAAUCAAUUAGUAUUUGCUGCUGCUAGUCGAAUGCCACAUGCAAAAAAUCGUGCUAGAGAAACAUCUUCAACAUUACCACUUGUACAAAUUAAUGCUGGUGCGUCAUCAUCCUCAUUAGCUACAAAUAAAUCAGUAGGUCCAUCUCCAAAUAUCAAUCCUUUUAUAAAUCCAACUAGACCAUCUUUUACUAAUGCAUCAGAAUCCACAACAUUUCCUUCGCAUGUUCCUUCGACACCAGGUACAACAAAAUUUCGACCUGAUGGUACACAUUAUCGUCCAAUAACACCAUUAGAAGCUAUUUAUUAUCAUGAACGUCUUGACUUAAUAACUCAUCCACUUAUUAAAGGUCUUAUUAAAUGGAAAUGGGAUAAUUAUGCAGCAAGACAUUUUUAUCUUCGUUUAGCAUUUGAAGUUUUAUUUCUUAUUUUAUGGACAUGUAUUUCAUUAAUAGGUCAAUUUCCUAUUCGUCAUAUUUAUAGUUUUCCUCAAGAUAUUUGGCGUUGUGUAUUAUGGACAGGUAGUAUUGGUUUUUUAAUAGGAGCUUUUAUUCUUGAAAUAUAUGAUAUAAUUUAUGCAAGAAAACGUUAUGAAGAUUAUCUUAUUUGGGAAAGUGAACGAACACAAAAUCGAUUAGAUUUAAUUUCAAAAAAUAAAUAUAAAUCAACUACAGCUUUACAAUCAACAAAUACUAAUCUUCGAAAACUUGAAAAUGAUGCUGGUGAUACAGAACAUAUAACUAUUAAUGAAACAACAACAGGAACAAAUAUAUCAUCAAAUGUUACUUUACCAGGAAUGCGUUCUCAUCAUUCUCAACAUAAUCCAUUACCACCAACAAUACCAACAAUAAUCAAAGGUAAACCUAGUGAACCUUUACCAAAUCAACAACAACCAUUAGAUGUAUCAAUUAAUCCAAUUGAUUCUUCAAAUAAUUUUAUGAAUGGUUCGAAAAAGAAAAGUGGAUUUAAUGAUACAAAAAAUACAUCUGAAAAAAAUCAACCUGUGACAUCAUCAAGAUUUGUUCAAUUUCUUCAACGUUUUAAAACUAGUGCAAAAAAACGUUAUAAAUCAUAUGAUAUGUAUUAUUCAUUAAAUAAUUUAUUUGAUUGGAUUGUUUAUCUACUUUGUUUAACAACAAUAAUAACACAUGUUAUUGAUAUUCGUUAUCAUACUGUAACACGUGCACGUAUUCAUAUGUAUGUUGCAUCAGUUACAGUAUUAUGUAUAUGGUUUCGAUUUAUGGUCUUUUUUCGUACAAUAUCUAUUUCAUUUAAAACAUUACGAGCAAAAAUAGUUGAAGUUAAAUUAGGUGAAUUAGUUAUUAUGGUUCGCAUGAUGUUCGAUGAUAUAAUACGUUUUCUAUCAGUUUUUGCUUUUCUUCUUUUACCAUAUGCAUUCGUUUUCUUUGCUGUAUUUGGUCGUAAACAAAUUAUUGCUACUGAUUAUGAUAAAACACCUGAACUUUGUGAAAAUGCAUUACUUCAUUGUCCUAUUGUUGAAAUCAUUACAUCUAAGGAUAAUGAUUCUGAUCCACUUGAAAAUAAUCAUCGUUAUGUAUUUAAUGGAACAUCAUCUAAUGCUGGAGAUUUAUGUUAUAAUGCAACACAUUCAUGUCAUCUAAUUGAACCAGAUGGUUUUGAUACAUUCUAUUCAUUACUUUUUUCUAUUUUUCGUAUUGCAUUAGUUGAUGAUAUUCCAGUUGCUGCAUUUAAUUUAAUUGAUCGUCAUUUUGCUGCAUUUGUUUGUAGUACAUAUCUUUUAUUUACUGCAAUAUUAGCUGUUAAUAUAUUUAUUGGUCUUAUAUCAAAUGCAUUACAAACAGAAGCAUUUUCAACAGUUGAAGCUCGUUUUCUUCUUGAACGUAUAACAGUUAUAUUAAAUUGUGAAUGGCGUUUUUCUGCACGUCGACGUUUACAACUACAAGAAAUGAUUCAUCGUCAAUGUUCACCAUUACAAUUAGAUUGGAAAGAUAUUAAUUUUAAUGCAUUUGGACAUUCACGUGAAGAACAACAAGCUAAAGCAUUUACUCAUUUUCGACAAACAAUUGAUAAACAUAAUAUACAUUUUAAUACAUUUCGUAUACAAGUACAACAAAAAUUAAAUGAUAUUGAUUCAACAUUAACAAAAUUACAAUCAACAACAAUAAUAUCAAAACAAAAUUUAGCAAAAAUAACACCAACAUUACAAGAAAAUACAAAACAAACAGAUACAACAAAUAUACAAUCAUUAUCAUCAAAAGAUUCUUUAAUAAAUCAAAGUACAGAACAAUUAAGUAAAGUUCAACCAUCAUCAAUAACAGAACCAACAAUAAAUAUAGCUGAAGAAUUAACACGAUUAAGAGAAUUAUUAGAAGAAACACUUGCUGGACAAAAUGAUCGAAUUAUUAAUACUACGCGAACAUUACCCGGUUCAAUGAGUAGUAUAGCUAGUACAAAACGCCCAUCAGCUGCAAGUAUAACAUCUUCUCAUCGUCAACAAAUUAAUUUGCCACCACCAACAGGAACACAUAUUACAACUCAUGUUGAACCUUUUUCACAAAAUUUAAAUGAACGUAUUACUGAUUUACAAUUAGCUGUUAAUCGUCUUCAUCAAGAUGUAACUUCUAUUCGACAAGUAAUUGAAAGAAUGUCACCAUUAACGACUAGUCUUAUUCUUGGUAGAACAACUGGACGAAGAUAA